AUGUAUAUUUCGUCGAAGUUACGUCCGCGCGUUCCAUUCAUCUCUCGAGUGGCCUACGUCUUCGCUAUUCAGCAGAAAACUGGCCGUGAGGAGUGCCCCAGGGCCGAAUGCUCCAAUUCUGCGCGCGGCCAUUCUCGUCCUCGAACACCUGAGUUAGGACAGCCCCCGCCUAUUUUUGGUGUUUCUCCAGAUGCAAGCCCUAUGCGACUCGGGCGCUGCCAGCUGGCUUCACCCAGAUUCAACUUCGUUGUGGUUAAAAAUCGAAAAUCUGUAAAUCGACGCUAUCCCCUUUUCUCGCCUCCGGCGCAUCGGCCAUCUUACCUCGAUCCGCCGCGGGGCGGGAGCUUUUCAGACGACAUCAAGGGGAUGGAUGGCAAUAGUCAACAACGAAAGAAGUAUGACCCUUCUAGCUACCAAACAGGCUCUGGCGCGGGGCCAUAUCCUAUUCGCAAUUUGUCUGGAAGCUCUUCGGAGCGCUUUAGACAACAGCAACAGCCGGAACCAGCUGGAGGACCUGGUACUGAUGGAGUAAUAUCUCAAGACCGGACUUCUUCAGUCUCGGCCUAUGGUAGUUAUGGAUAUACAGAAUCACUGCCUUACAAUACACCGCCGCUACAGGGCGGGACUUUGCAGAGUGGAGGGAUACAAUACCAGUCGAACUUUGCCUCUACUUCUGCCAGAAACCAGCAUCCUAACCAACAACAGCAGCGGUUAUCACAAUAUGAGGGCGAUAUGGUUUAUGGUAUCACCCCUCAAGUCCAGCCAGAGUCUCAGUAUGAAGGAGUGUCACACUACCAACCACGACAUUCUGCCGCUAUCGAAGUGCUAGCAACUCAAUUUGGUGUUCCACAAUAUUUCCAAGAGGGAGGACCAGCAGUUGCAGGAGGAUCUGAUAAGUACUUAACUGCUUCCCAAGCUCAGACGACGCCGUAUUCACAGCCGGCUGCUCUUCCGCGUGCAUCUACGGCAUCGGCAUUGCCCGAAAUUAUGGCUGGCCUCCCCGCUUCCACAGCUUCUGAUGGCCUCGAACAUUCGGAAUUUCCUCGUCAAUCAUCUGGUUUCGAUGAUGCUUAUAUCCAAUACCAACGAGCCCUCAGAGAGACAUUCGAAAAUACCCGAUCCGGCAGAUUGCUAGACGCAAGUCAAUCAUUAUUGGAGAUAUCAGAGUGGCUUCUGGGGAAUGCGACCGAACUUGUCCUUGGCCAAUGUCUUGACCUCCUCGAAGGAAACGAGAACACUCCUGCGGCAGGAAGUUCCUCCAGAACAACUACUUCCGUAGCUCCACGAUGA